CACCAUCAAGACCAGUCACCAGGAUUCAGCAGCAGGCAGCUGAGACGGCGACGAUGCGUAGGCCGAUCACGGACAGUGGAGGCGAUUGGAAGGGGUAUAGUGAACAAGUAGUCACCAUAUCUCGGCUUGUGCAGCGAGCGCACAGCGGGUCUCGCAGUACGCAAAGCUCCUACUCGUCAGAGCGGAGACGGAUGCGAAAGGCGGCGGAGGAGGCAGCAAGACGCCGCGCGCAGCAAAAAGCAGGACGGAUGAUCCACUCUAGCGGGAUCGCCUCCCAAAGGGCUCGCACUGCACUGCACUGCACUGCACUGCGAGGGCCUCUGCUUGGAGCGAUGUCUCAUAUGCUGAACCUUGAACGGCAACUUUUGGUCUUGAAUGUCGUACAGAGAUCGCCUCCAUAACCCGCUCACCCAGCACAUACGCGCCCGCACACACGCACACGCUCGCAGUCUUCAUUAUGCCUCGCUACACGCUCUCUCGAUUGGUGCUCACCUCUGGUGACGCCCUCUCCCCUGCAGUCCUCGAGUAUAGCACUUGGGGUACGUUGAACGAGCAGGGCGAUAAUUGCAUCGUCAUCGGUCAUGCCAUGACGGGCAGCCAGGAUGUGCAAGAUUGGUGGCCAGGCCUUGUCGGUCCCAACAAUGUCCCGCAUCGCAAAGAGGAGGCCAGGGAUGCGGCUCUAUCAAAGGAGAGCGCGGACCCGUUGAUACGGAGUCAUAAUGGCGAAGCAGCACGAUCGAGUCCGAGCGCCGCAUUUGCAAUCGACACUACCAAAUACUUUGUGUUUUGCGCCAACAUUCUAGGUUCACCUUAUGGCUCCAGCUCGCCGCUCAGCAUCGACGAGAGGACUGGCAAAUGCUACGGUCCUGAUUUCCCGCUCACAAACACGCGAGACGAUGCCCAACUGCAAUUGCAUGCGCUCGCACACCUCGGAGUAAAGAGCAUCGCUUGCGCACUCGGUGGAUCCAUGGGCGGCAUGCUCGUCCUCGAGCUGGCUCUUGCCGGUUGCGCGGAAGGAGGGGCGUCACCUCGAAUUCCUGUGCGAACCUUGAUGCCGAUCGCGAGCACAUUGACGUCUUCAUCUUGGAUCAUGGGCUGGAAUGAGAUCCAACGGGCGGCCAUACAGAUGGACCCAGCUUUCGAUGAGGGAAGGUACUGCUGGCAAAGUCCGUCGAGAAGAUCUUCCGUGGCUGAUGCGCGGCGAGGAAGCACCAGCAGCACCGCCAGCAGCACCGCCAGCAGCACCGCCAGCAGCAGCACCGCUGGGCCGGAUCUUGGUCUAUCGAUCGCAAGGCAGAUGGCCAUGAUGACGUUCAGAUCGGAAGAAGCUUACAAGCACAAAUUUCAGCGUCGCAGCACCUCGUUGGCAUCCAGAACGGCAGCAGCGAGAAGCGCAAUCUCUCUACCGCCGUCUCCACCCUUGUCGGCUUGUGCGAGCGAAGGGGAAGAGGGACGCGGAAGAAGCAGCGGGGUCAAUAUCCACGUCGCGAGCGAGGUCGCAAACGAUGACGUUCACUCGUCCGCCACUUGGUAUCCCACGAGUCGACGCGCCUCCUCCAUCAGUCCAUCCAGCCAUCCAUUGCUUGAAGCGACUGUGCAGCCAGUGCAAUCGUACCUGCGCUAUCAAGGACAGAAGCUCGUCGAUCGAUUCGAUGCAAAUUGCUACGUCCACCUGCUGCACAAGAUGGACGCGCACGAUGUCUUUUAUGGACGGGACAUCUGCACAGUGAGGCGAUUCCUGCGAUGCGAGGAGGCCACGCAAGCACUCGGAAAGGAAGGGGAAAAAGUCGUCGUGUUGGGCAUACCAACAGACCGACUCUUUGCCUUUUCCGAACAACAGGAUAUGGCUCGAUUUCUAGACUCGGAGCUUUGCGCCAUCGAGAGCGUGGACGGUCACGACGCGUUCCUCAUCAAGAGAGAUCUUGUGGCUUCCAAGAUCGAGCAGCUUCUUUGCGUUUCGUGAUUCGAUUACAUGCAUGCAAUUAGCUCGAAAGGCGUGACGAAAGUGAUACAAGAUUGGCGAG